UCUGUCAAGCUGGACCAGAAUAUACAUAAAGCAGACAAGUUAAUGUUUCGCUUUACAAUAAUUUUGCAUUCAUAUUACGAAAUUUAGUGAGUGGAAAUGAGUUUUAAAGUAUCGACAUUUAUAGGUUUUAUCCUAAUCCUUCAUUUGCAAUUUCCGGUUUUCACUCAGAACAAUAAACUAAAAUUCUGUGUUGUGGAAAGCAAACAUACUGAAAAUAAUAUUAAAAUAUGCCCAAAUCUAAUCAAAUCGGAGAGUGAGGUAGAGUGUGUUCUCACAACUGAUAGAAUAUCUUGCCUGAGGCUUUUAAUAAAUGAUGAAGUAGACUUUACUACUGUGGAGCCGGAAGAUCUAAUGGUUCUUGGAAUGACGGAAAAAUACAAUCAAAAAGUUUUAGUCACACAUGAAUUAAGAAUAUGGGAGAAAAAGCGUGCCCGUUUUCAGUUGGUUACUAUCGUUCGUAAAAGUAUCGAAAAUGCAUGGCAAACUCCGAAAAAAAGAUUUUGUUCUCCUGGACUUGAACCGGGUCUCUUUGCUUUAGAUUAUGUGAAAUAUUUUGAGAAUCAACUAAUUAAUACCGAGUGCGACCAGAAGAAAACUUUUUUAGCAAACAGAAUGUCAUCUUUAUCUUCAUACUUCGAGUCAGCUUGUAUUAGUGGACCAUGGACAAGUGAUAAGAAUUUUGACUUAAAACUAAAGGAAAAAUAUCGCAAUUUAUGCUCUCAGUGCGGAAGUCCUAAGUGUUCGAAAGGAGAUAAAUAUUAUGGUAGAGAAGGGGUUUUACUCUGCUUAACAGAUGGAGGGGGAGACAUUGCAUGGUCUAGAUUGGAUUAUGUCCAAGAACAUUUUAAGGCAUUAAACGAUGAUGAAAACGAGUAUUACUUUCUAUGUCCUGACGGAACAACGAGGAAUUUAACAUCACCAGAUCCCUGCGUUUGGUUCGAAGAACCUUGGAAAACAACAGUAGCCAGGAAAGAAGUGUCCGAAGUAGUGACUAAAUUGCUCAAUUCUGAAGCUAACACAGUGAGUGACUUUUUAUCGCUUCUGGAACUAGAUGUACACAGGGAACUAAUUCGUAUCGAAACUUUUAGAACACCUUCUGAUUACUUGAAGAUUUCAUUUCCUGAAUUUUAUUCAUUCAAAAAACACGUAAAAUGUUCUCCAGAACGAGUGAUAAAAUGGUGCGUAGUCAGAAAUUUGGAAGCCGAGAAAUGCGAUUGGAUUUCAAAAGCUGCCGGUAGUUAUGGAGUAGAGCCCUUGAUUGAAUGUAUACAAGAAUCUAGUCGAGAGAAAUGUAUUAAGUCAGUUAUUAAUCGAAAAAGUGAUAUUUUUGCAGUGAGUCAGUACGAUUAUUUCGAAACUAGAACAAAAGGUCUAAAACCAAUUGUACAUAUGGUUUCCAACAAAGCCACUCACGAACACGAAAUAGUGGCAAUAGUCAGAAAUUCCUCGAAUUUGAAUUCUUUUGAGGAUUUGAAAAAUCAUAAGGCAUGUUUUUCAAGCUACAGAGAUGCUGGUUGGAAUUCUUUCAUUUACACGAUGAAAAAUUUGACUGGCAAUAACAAUUGGUAUACUAGAGACAUGGAAAUGGUUUCACAAUUUUUCAGUGAAAGCUGUGUUUUUGACCAAAAAAAUGCGACUUUGCCACAGAAUCUCUACUCAUUCUGUUCACAGAUUAAAAAUAUCGCAAAAUAUAAGAAGCCAGACGAAGCAGCGUUGCACUGUUUAGAAAACGGUGGUGCCGACGUCGCUUUUGUCAAUUUGAGUUCAGUUAUGCACUAUCAGCAAGCUUCAUUGUUAAAAUAUUAUAAAGCACUUUGUGCCAAUGGAUUUAUGUAUGAUUCUGGAAAAAAGGAAAAGUGCUAUUUAACUUGGACAACACCAGGAUCAAUAAUGGUCCACAAUAAUAUCUCACGUGUGAAGGAAGAUGAUAUUUAUCUUAUGCUUAUGGAUCUUAAUGAACUUUUUGGAAUACAGUAUCAAGGUUGGACUCCGCUGAUUUCUAUGUAUAGUUCUUUCGGAGGAGAAAGCAAUGUUAUUUUCUCUCAAAAGACUCAGUAUUUGUUGCGAGAAGUUAGAGGUCUUCGAAGCAAAGUUAGUUAUCCUGAAAUUUUGGAGGAACUCAUGGCCCUACGAAAAUUGAGCAGCGAAGCGAAUUCUCCAAAUCUGAACAUCGAAUUUAUAUUUCUCGUACCUCUUAUUUAUUCAAUAAGUAUCUAAUUAUAAU